AUGGUGCCCGGCCCGGCCCAGGGGCCCGUUCCUCCCACUCCUGUGUCCCAGAACUCCAGCCAGCCGGCAGCCUUCAAGUUCUCUGUCCACGAGAGCAUUGACCGCAUCAAAGAGGAGUUUAGCCACCUCCAGAAUCAAAACCAGACUAUCAAAAGAGAACUGGAGAAAGGCAAUAAUGAGAAGAAUGAAAUCCACCGUCACUACAUCAUGUACUAUGAGAUGUCGUAUGGACUCAAUGUCGAAAUGCAUAAACAGACCGAGAUUGCUAAAAGGCUGAAUGCCAUCUGUGCUCAAGUUAUUCCAUUUCUCUCCCAAGAGCACCAACAGCAAGUCGCUGCUGCCGUUGAGAGAGCCAAACAGGUCACUACCAGUGAACUCAAUGCCAUCAUUGGAUUCAACCAACAGCACUUCAAUGCAGCUGUCGGGGUAGCGGGGAUACCUCCACCCUUCCUGCCCCAGGGAGGGAUUCCCCCUCCUCCUCAGAUAAUGGCCUCCUACCCGGCCCCCAUCCCCAUCCCCUCCCCUGCGGCUGCUCCUAGCUCCUCCUCCUCUGCCCCGAGCUCCGCCCACCCUCGCCACAGCUCCAGUAAACCUGACCGAACAUCAGAUGAAGCAGACGAGAAGUUGAGCUCGCCACGUGGGAAUGUCCACAAGAGGAAGCGGCCAGAGGGAGGAGACAGUGAUGGGGAGAAGAGUGAGGGAGAGGGAGAACUUGUGGUGGAUGACCCCUCACCUGACGGGAGCACCUCCUCCUAUGACAGACAGGUAAAGAGAGAACGGCCGUCUACUCCCAGCUCAACCAAGAGUGACCGGACCGCCGUUGUCCCUGGUGGUGGUCCUCGACACACCUCCACCCCCCGCCCCAACUCCGUGGGACCGUCCCAGAGCAACGGCACCAGCUCCCACUCCCCUCCUCCCCCUCUUCCCUCCACCAUUCAGCCUCACCCACCUGCCGCCCUCGUCCGGCAAAUCCAACUGCCUACUACUCUUCACCCCGGCGUUCGACCAUGCACCACCUCCCUCCCUGGCCCCUUCCCCCCUCCCUUCCUCCCCACCCCCACCCACUUCCCCCCGGUCGACAUCGCUCUUCCCUUUCCCCCCACCUCCAAGAUCCAUGUCCCUGCCAUCCCUGGUCAUCUACCUAAUGGCAGACCUGCACUGGUUGCUCCUCAUUUCCCUGAAGGUCUGCAGCGACCACACUCAGGAGUCAGUAAACAGCCCUAUUCCUUCCUGAUCACAAAGGAGGGAGGGGUCCAGCCGGUGCCGAUAGCGGCAGACGCGGCAGUGGCCCCGGGUCUGCCUCGCUCCAUACGAACCCUCUACACCCUCCUCCACAAUGAGGUGGUCUGUGCAGUCGCCAUCAGUAACCCCGUCAGACACAUCUACACCGGAGGCAAGGGUUGUGUGAAGGUGUGGGACCUGAACCAUGGGUCGGGGCUGAUGAAGACUCCCCUUCACUGUCUCGAGUGUCUCGGAGACAACUACAUCCGCUCCUGCAAGCUGCUGCCUGAUGGUCGGACCCUCAUUGUGGGUGGAGAGACCAACACCCUCCACAUGUGGGACCUUGCCGCUUCAUCAGCACCUCAGAUCAAGGCUCGACUUCCAUCCAGUGCCACAGCCUGCUAUGCUCUCGCAGUCAGUAGUGAUGGAAAGUCGUGUUUCAGCUGCUGCAGUGAUGGGACCAUAGCAGUGUGGGACCUCCAGAACCAGCAGCUGGUCAACCAGCUACAGGGCCACACCGACGGAGCCAGUUGCAUCGACAUCUCCCCCGACGGAUCCAAACUGUGGACCGGCAGCCUCGACAACACCGUCCGCUGCUGGGACCUUCGAGAGGGUCGUCAGUUACAUCAACAUGACUUCAACUCCCAGAUAUUCUCUCUUGGAUACUGCCCCACAGGAGACUGGUUGGCUGUCGGGAUGGAGAGCAGCAAUGUGGAAGUGCUUCACGUCAACAACCAGGAGAAGUAUCAGCUCCACCUCCACGACUCCUGCGUCCUCUCCCUCAAGUUUGCACACACGGGAAAGUGGUUUGUCACCACCGGCAAAGACAAUCUCCUGAACUCUUGGAGAACACCCUAUGGUGCCUCCAUAUUUCAGAUGAGUGAGACCAGCUCAGUGUUGAGCUGUGACAUUUCAGCAGAUGACAAGUUCAUAGUCACUGGGUCUGGAGACAAAAAGGCCACUGUUUACGACGUAUAUUCUAGUGCUGUCACCUUGCUCUCUGCCACGUGUCCAGUGGUGGCGGCAUGAUCCACCACUCACCCGUGUCCAAUGUCACCUGCUGCAGUUGUACAUGUUUGCUACUAACUAUGAAAUCUGCUCUGUGUAACAACAUCCCCUCCACCCGUCUCUCUGCUUCUUUUUCUCAUAAUAAUAUCUCUGCUGUCACAACACAUUCUCUAGCUGUCAUCUUGGAAUUCUCACUAUUAUUAUUCUCUUGCUCGCUCUCUGUAUACUAUGUACAGUAAUGAUGUUGUGUAUCACCAGAACAAGUGAAAAAGAACCAACAUUUUUUAGCCAACAGAGUCUUGGAGUGACUUGCUCUUCAUCAUGUGUGCAC